CACGCCACGUCAUCCAUAUUGCAGUUUGGCGCCAAUUCGUAAUCUCCCGCCCGCUUGAUUUGACACCCGCCGCCCACAGCAGUAAGCAUUAAUUUGAAUGCAGUAACCGUCGACAGAUACUCCGUCUUUCGCUAUGGGAAGCAAGGGGAAAAUGACAGACUAUGAGCGGCGGAGGCUGGAAAACAUUCAGCGAAAUAAUCAAAUGUUGGCCGCGCUCAAGGUCCACUCCAAGCUCAACAACCUCUCUGCCGCCUCCGCCUCUGCCAAACGCACCAGCGGUGAGAUCAAGUCGUAUAAACCUGGUUCCGUGAAGAAGCCCAAAAUUGAAACCCCUUUAGUAUUGCGCCGGUCGCUUAGGGCACGCGGGGUGCCGCCUGAAGCCUCUACAGCGAAUGGUCUUGACGAUGAUGGUGUCAUCGACAAGCAGAUUAACAAAUCACGAACCAUGAAUUCCAACUCUGUACCCAAUGUAUCCCCUCGAAAGGAGGGACCAAUUAGGAUGCACGAUUCAUUUUGUGGUGAGGAUGGAUUGGAAAACAAACUCUCAGAACUUGUUAAGGGAUGUUCCGAGAAUGUCCUUCUGAAUGGGAAUGGUUUGAUUUCAAGUGAUUCUGUUGAUGUUAUUGAAGGCUGCAAAUCUUUUAAAAUUGGAAAGAAAUCGUGGGGUCAUGUGGAGGAGUUGGAAUUGAAAGUGGAGAACAUAGCACGAGUGGUUCCCGGGAGAAUUAUGAGUUUGAGGUUUUUUCCUACUCGAGACAUGCAGAUGGUUGCUGUUGGCAACAAAUUUGGAGAUAUUGGGUUUUGGCAUGUUAAUGGCAAGGAUGAGGAUGGUCAUGGAAUUUAUUUGUACCACCCACAUGCUGGGCCAGUUUCUGGAAUUGUGAUAGAUCCGUUUUCUGUAUCAAAGAUGUAUAGCUCAUGCUAUGAAGGGUUUAUCAGGAUGAUGGAUGUGGAGAAAGGGGUGUUUGAUAUGAUAUACCACAGUGAGUAUUGUGUAUACUCUAUUGCACUGAGUCCCCAUGACAUAAACUCCUUAUACUUUAGCGAGGGCAAGGGAGGGUUCAAUAAGUGGGAUGUGAGAACAGGAAAAUCUUCUUUAUCGUGUGAUUUACAUGAAGCUAGAAUCAACACCAUAGAUUUCAACUCGGAUACUGAGAAUAUGAUGGCUACAAGUUCCACUGACGGAACUGCUUGUAUUUGGGAUCUGAGACUCAUGAAAAAAGAUAAAACAACCCCGCUUAAGAUCGUUAAGCACAAAAGAGCUGUACAUUCUGCUUACUUCUCACCUUCUGGGAAGUUUCUAGCAACUACAAGUUAUGAUGACAAGGUUGGUUUGACAAGUGGAGCUAAUUACGAGAGCACUUCUAUGGUACACCAUUACAACCAAACAGGCAGAUGGAUAUCCACAUUCAGAGGCAUAUGGGGUUGGGACGACUCGUCGAUCUACAUUGGUAACAUGAAGAGAGGGGUAGAUGUAAUUUCUGUUGACGAGGGAAGACUUGUGUCAACCUUACAAAGUGAUAUCUUGUCGGCAAUUCCAUGCCGGUUUGAUCCACAUCCGUACAACGUGGGUGUGCUUGCAAGUGCCACAAGUGGAGGUCAGGUUUACAUUUGGACUCAGCCAUAACAAGAUGUUUACGUGUGAGAAGAAACGAGGUUGUGCAUCAACCAAUGUUUGUUGUGAUGAGGAAAUAGUUUUGCUAGAGGAUAUUACUAACUAUUCACGGUUCUUGUUGUAACUGUAAUGCAAUUUGUUUGGUGAUGAACGAUAGAAAAGUAUUUUUCCCCUCA